ACUAUUUGAGCUGUGCUGUAAUAAAUCUUGAUAGUCCCCGUUUUAUAUCAGCGGCAAAACAAUGGAAGUGGCGAGAAAAGCCAAGGGCGCCAGCGUUCAGCUACAAUUCUACGAACAAUUCAACACAAUUGCUUGCUUUGAACCAAUCUGCGAUCCACUACUAUCUGAACUACACGACCAACAAGCCGAUCUCUCCCUUCAAGCACGCGAUCUCAGUCUCCUAAUCGGUCAACUCCAACAGUACCAGCAAGACCAUUUAGGCGUACACAGCACUCGGCCCAACAAUGCCCCUCUACGGAUACCCGCAAAGCUCUUUAAAUUUGACGAAAACCAAGCGCUGACCACCGAUUCACCUGUUUACUUCAUUUUACGAGCCGCAUACACUUAUCGCAUCAAACAUAAUUGGCGCAAGUUUGACUUUGGUCCUUCCAAAAAAAGCAAGAAUGCAGAUUUAAUUAAAGGCAUCCGUGAAGAACUACAACAAGCCGGUUUGAUCAUAAGUGCAACGAUCGGCUUAAGCGACACAGUGCCGGACUCUGCACGGAAAACCAUAAAAUCUUUAGCAAAAAAAAUACACUUACAAGUCCUUGACGACGCAAGCGAAGCAACACAUAUCUUACACGGACCACUCCACGAAUAUGAAGUUGGGGAAGAAGAGUGGUUCCGUACGUUAGAGAAGCGUGACAGAAAUGUACUGGUGCACUGGUGGUACUUUCCCGACUCAUACGACAGCUGGCUGCCACAAACCGACCAAUUUGCUGAUCCAGAAGAAGCUCCCGAACACCAUGGUGCUUGGAAUAUCGCUACACGAUGGCUACAAGAUAGCGUGAAAUACAAUGAGCUCGUGAACGAAGAGGAUUACGAGGACGUCGACGGUGAAGAGGAUCAAGAAGAAGAAGAGCUGGAAGAAGCAGAGGAGGAGGAGGAGUUACCAGAUGCUACAACCGCGGAUGUUAGACAGCGAAGUGAAUCAAUAAGCGAAUCGAAAUUGAAAGCCUCCGUGCCUUCAUCGUCUACGCUCGUCAAAACUGAAUUAUCAAGCAGUAAACAGCAGCAGGAAACACAGCCUCCACCGCCAUCACAGCAGCAACCAGCAUCAAUAUCCACUUGUACUAGCACUGCUACAUCACCCCAACAACAAGUUCGGCAACCGUUACAGCAUCUGGAUUAUGUCGAAGUAACCGUCGCACCGCCUGUACCUGUUCUUAAUCCGGAAUCGCAACCUGCUGUGCGUAUUCGAGAUAUUGAAAAGGAUCGACCCCAGCUUGGUAGCCGACAACGCAAGAAUGAAUUUGAGCCAUACAGCAACGGUGAUGCUACGAACAUCUCUCAAUACACCAAAGAGUUCAUGGAAAAUCCUGCCAAGAGCGAUGUUUCAUUGAUGGACUUGGAUAAACCCGAAGAUAUCGAAGACGUCGAAUCGAGUGAUGAUGACAAAACCUUUACAGGCCCAGAAUGGUUCAGUCUGUCAGAUAUAGCAGACAGGGAGAAAGUAGCGCUUCCGGAAUAUUUCAAGAGUCAAGACAAGCGAGGGGAAAAGGGAGCAAAUGAAUACAAAAAGUAUCGAAAUUUCAUGGUUCAAACAUAUCGAAAGAAUCCGGGAUAUUACCUGACCUUUUCUGCGUGCAAGGAUGCGCUCAAAAUUGAUAUGCUGGCCAUUGUUCGGAUACAUACAUUCUUGGAACAGGCAGGACUGAUCAACCAUUUGGUCGAUCCGCGUCGAAGGCUGUUCGAUCCAUAUAUUGACAGCGAACCAGAAGCACAAAUUUCGCAGCCAGGAACACAACGCGAUUUCUCUGUCAACGAGCCAGAUAUUCAAUUCUUACGCAACCUGAUUUAUGAAGAGAUUCCCAAGAAUUCGAAAGAAUCCGCAUGGGAUGUGGAAGUGUAUGACGACCUGAAUGCAGACGGACGUAGUGUGUUCUCGUGCACAAACUGUCAUGGAGAUUGUAGUGAAACGCGCUAUCAUAGUCUCAAAUACAAGGGAAUACAUGUAUGCACCAACUGCUUUUUAGAUGGCAGAUUUACAGCGGCAACGUGCAAAGGCGAAUUUUUGCGUGUCGACAAGGGUGAUCGAGAAGUACCAGAAGAUACAUGGUCCGAAGAAGAACUUUUGCGAUUGCUGGAGGCAGUAGACAAGAAUGACGAUGACUGGCUUGCCAUCUCAGAGCAUGUGGCCACACGUACCAAAGAGCAAUGCAUCACACAGUUCCUACAACUUCCCAUCAACGACGAAUUCUUGACAGCCAAAUUAUCAAACAAGGAAUUAGAGGAACUGCCUUUUGGUGAGCAGCCGAAUCCGGUCAUGACUUUGAUCGCAUUUCUAUCCAGUCAUAUCAACCCUGGUAUCGGAUCGUCUGCAGCAAAAAGUGCACUCAAGGAACUAAUGAAGAAAGACUCGGAAGAGGAACAGGCAAACGGCUCGGCAAACAAAGAAGACAGAAUGGAUGUGGAUAGUCAAAGUGACGACGAUGACGACGAUAUGGAUGAUGAUGAUGAUGAGGAGGAGGAGGAGGCAAAGACCGCCUUUUCUCGUAAGAAGAUGAAAAAGGCAACUGUUGCAGCAUUGGAAAGCGCAAUCGAUCAUGCAAAGAAGCUUGCAUCUUACGAACACGAGGAAAUUCAGCAUUGGACACGUUUAGCAGUUAAAACUUUGGUCGAUAAACUGAUGAUCAAGGUACAACAAUAUGAUGAACAAGAAGUGUUUUUGGAGAACGAGCUCAAAGAACUUGAGAAGCAAGGCAACACUUUGCUUACCUCACUAGAAGCAUUAAGUAAGCAAUAUCCUCCUGGCAACAGAGCGCUAUAUGCUGCUGCCAAAAUGACCAACUCCAAUCCUGCUAUUACAAUCCCACCUACAAGUACUACUGUUGCAGCAACUAGUGGUCCGCCUGAAAGUACUGCUGGCUCGAUCAUUGCUCCUGCGACCAGUGCUACGUCGCCCACCACCACAACACCUACCACAACCACUCCUACUACCCAGCAUUAAUUACUUACUCUCGCUUGUAUGAUAUUUCCCCCAUUUAACAUAACGUUCUGCUUUUUGUUCAAACC